GGGAAGCACACACACAACCACAGACACACAAACACAGGCUAGGUGCCAGCAGCUCCAUCAAGCUGUGUCCAUGUGUAUCAGAUUAGUGAUCACAGCUUUGUGUCGGACAGCGCAGCAUAAACGCACACACUAAUGGAUUGUGGAGCUCCGCUCUCCCUGUCACUCUUCUUCAGGGUGGUUAUGAUUUCUGCUACAGCAUCGGCUCUCAACCUUGAAGGGGAACUUUUCAAAGAUUUAAUGAAAGGUUACAAUAAGAAUGUGCGGCCAAUGGAAAAUAGCGGUGACAUCACUAAGGUCGACAUCAAGAUGACGCUCACCAACCUCAUCUCUCUGAACGAGAAGGAGGAAGCCCUUACAACCAGCGUCUGGAUAGAAUUGCAAUGGUGUGACUACAGGCUCAGAUGGGAUCAGCCGCCCAGGUCUGCUCUGUAUGGGAACAUCACCUCUCAGUUACGGGUCCCGUCUAAAAGCAUCUGGUUACCAGAUAUCAUCCUGGAGAACAAUGUGGACGGACAAUUUGAGGUUGCACUUUUCUGCAAUGCCCUGGUGUCUCCUGACGGCUGUGUGUACUGGCUGCCUCCUGCCAUCUACCGCAGCGCUUGUACCAUCACUGUCAACUACUUCCCCUUCGACUGGCAAAACUGCACCAUGAUCUUCCGCUCUCGGACUUACAGUGCCAACGAGAUUGAGCUGGUUCUCAAAGAGGAGGACAACCACACACUGGAGUGGGUGGAUAUCGACCCAGAGGCUUUCACAGAAAACGGAGAGUGGGUCAUCAAGCACCGGCCGGCUAAGAAGGUGAUCAACAGUCAGUUCACUAAAGAUGAGCUGGAGCAUCAGGAGGUCAUCUUUUUCCUCAUCAUUCAGAGGAAGCCCCUCUUCUACAUCAUUAACAUCAUCGCACCAUGUGUGCUCUUCUCCUCCCUCUGCCUGCUUGUCUUCUAUUUACCUGCUAAAGCUGGUGGUCAGAAGUGCACGAUGUCUAUUGCCACUCUUCUGGGUCAGACUGUGUUCCUCUUCCUCAUUGCUAAGAAGGUUCCAGAGACUUCAAAGGCGGUACCUCUUAUUGGGAAGUAUUUGAUGUUUGUGAUGUCAGUGACCACCAUGGUGGUGAUGAACUGCGUGAUCGUCCUUAACGUCUCCCUCAGGACCCCAAACACUCACAUAUUGACAGACAAAGUGCGAAAGAUCCUCCUCAACAUCCUGCCUCGGAUGCUGAGAAUGCAGAUGAAACCGUGGACACCAAACAGUGACAAAACCUCAGAAUCAAUAGGAAACGGUGACCCUCAGGCUACAGACAGGAACAGCUUGUUUCUGGUCCCCUGCAGACGGCGUAGCUCCAUGAGCCUCAUCAACAAGGCAGAGGAGUAUUGCAUGAGAACAGCUCGGUCUGAACUCAUGUUCUCCAAACUCAAAGAAAGAAAUGGACUGAUGAAAACAGUGUUAGAGAAGCUGUAUGACGGGCUGGAUGGGGGCACACCUGAGCAGAUCACUGCCAGUCUGGCGAAGGCAUCUCCACAGCUGAGGCAGUGUGUGGCCUCCUGUAAACACAUCGCUGAGACUGCAAGGCAGCAAAACAACUUCCAGAAUGAGAAUGAAGAGUGGUUCCUGGUUGCCCGGGUGAUAGACAGGGCCUGUUUUAUCGUCAUGUCAUUGGUGUUUUUCAUCGGCACCAUUGGGAUCUUCCUGAUGGGUCAUUUUAACAACCCUCCACUCUUGCCGUUCCCUGGAGAUCCUAGGAAAUAUCUCCCUCCCAUGGACAAUCUAACUGACCCAACCCAGAGGGGCACUGGAGCAGAGUUUUUGUGGUGAGAGUCCUCAGAUGAAUGCCUUUAACUCAAGUGAAAAUCUGUCAGUGAUCUUUCACGGAUGUUUGCCACACAGAGAGAAGAUGCAGCUGUGUGUUUUAUCUUCUGGUCAAGUGGAUCUUUGGAAUAACCCAAUAAAACAAAGAAACUAAAAGCCUGACCUGGCUGAUAAAGAAUCAGCUGUACGGCUGUGUGGACGCCACAUUUGCUCUGUGGUAACACUUUUUAGGAAUCAUCUGUGGCUAAUGGUAGAGGUUUUAAAUGUUGUGUUUAACAAAAAUUCAUUGCUGCUUCUUCUAACAGUUCACUGUUUGCUCCAAGGUCACUGUGUUAAUGUUUUUUUUUUUCUAUUAAAUUAAAGGCAAUUGUAAGGAUGGCUCAGUGGGUUAGGCUCAAAAGGGAGUCAAACGCUCCAAAAAAAAUGCAGUCCAGGUGAAUUAAUUUACAAUGUAAAAUGUGCAGUAGUAUUUACAGUACAGGCCUCGAGAAAAAUAUAAUGCUUAAAACUUGCAAAAAGAAGGAAAAAUGUGAAAACAAAAGAAGACUGAGCUCUAUACAAUGCUCUGUUGCAGCUCUGCACACACUUUGUCUCGUUUGAAAUGGCUCUCACCACCAACAGUUCUGACACCAACCACCAACUCCAUCAAAUCCUUUCCAAUAUAUUAUAUAUUAAAUUGAGUACAUAGAGGUCAAGAUUUUUAACAUUCAAACUGAUUUUGAUCAAAUUGAUUAUAUACACACAUUUUGAAUUUGAUGCCAGUAACACAUUACAAAAAGGUUGGGACUGAAGCACAUUAGCUUUUCCUCUAACAACACUGGGGGACUAACUGCUGCUGUUUUCAAUUGAAUAUACAGUGCUUAACAAAUUUAUUAGACCCCCACCAAAAGUAAGGUUUAUGCCACAGCUGCCCUAAGUUAACAGCAUUGGUAAUCACCA